UGAUGGUGAUGUGCCUUUCGGCGGAAAAACUAUAGUAUUUGGCGGGGACUUCUGACAGAUAUUGUCGAUCAUUCCAAAAAGCACGCUGCAAUUGUCCAAGCGUCUUUAGAUUCAUCGUAUUUGUGGUUAUAUUGUAGGGUGUUGAAACUGACAAAUAACAUGAGGCUUGCACACGAUACCGAAUCAUCAAGCGCACCUGACAUAGAGCGCUUUGCAGAUUGGAUUUUGAAGACCGGCAAUGGUAUUUUGGGAGACGGUGAGGAAGGGGAAUCAAAAGUCCACAUACCUGCCGAAUAUCUUGCUUCGAUGACGGAUGAUCCCAUUGAGUCUAUUGUUAAUAAUACCUACCCAGGUUUCUUGACUCAUAGGGAAGACAUUUCAUAUCUGAACUCCAGGGCCAUUCUUGCGCCUACGAUUAAUGAGCGAGACAAGCUCAAUGAUUACAUGUUGGGGUUCAUUCCAGGCGAGGAAAGGACAUACUUAAGUUGUGAUUCAACAUCUUCCUCUGAAUCAGAUAGUGAGCUCCUUCAGGACAUUCAUUCUCCGGAAUUUCUUAAUAGCAUCAAAUGUUAAGGUGUACCAAGUCAUGAACUCAAGCUUAAGGUGGGUGUACCUGUGAUGCUUAUGAGAAACAUAGAUCACAUUGUCGGGUUAUGCAAUGGUACGAGACCGUCGAGACUCAUGGUAACUAAACUCGGGACUCAUAUUAUUGAGCUCAGAUGAUGUCAGGAUCAAAUGAUGGUGAAAAGUAUCUUAUUCCCCGACUUAGUUUAAUGCCUACGGACUUGAAGCUCCCUUUCACAUUUCAGCGCAGACAAUUUCCUAUGCUUAGUUAUGCGAUGGCAAUUAAUAAGAGUCAGAGACAAUUGUUAGAAAGGGUUGGUGUAUUCUUGCGGCGUUCGGUUUUUACUCACGG